AGUUUGUCAACAUGCCAAAUCCUCGUUAGUUUGGGACAGUUUGACUAGGUGAUGCACCGCGAAACGUUGUUUAUUGCACCCGGUUAAAGCAAAACAAACGAAAUGCUUACCGUACGACCAAUGGUGCGAGUUGCCGCGAAAUUUGAUCCAGUAUCUAUGGCUGGAGCACCACUCAGCCGGCCAUUCUGGGGCUGGGUUAAUAUGAUGUUUAACCGGGUCGACCGCAGCCGGCUGAAGAAGGUAGGCCCGGAUCGGCUCUGUGCGGAAUGGUUGCUGAAAAACGGGGCGAAGGCAAAGUUCGUGAAAGAUCACCGGACGCACGUGCACUUUAAUGCCCUACCACAUGAAACUCUACCGGUGCUGAUGGAGGAGCUCGACGGAACGGACUCGGGCAUCAUGCACAUCGGAUUCGAUCAUCUCGAAGGUUUGACUCGGUUGAGGAAGGUCACGCUGCACAACUGUGUGUACAUCGACGAUCAAGCACUGUAUAAAUUGAAAAAUGUUGCCGGUACUUUGGAGGAGUUGCAAAUCUCGAAGUGUGGUAACGUUACCGAUCAUGGUUUGCUGUGUUUGAAGAAGUUGACCAAACUGCAGCAGCUAAAAACGUUCGAAUUGGGUUAUGUGAAAGAUUUACAACAAGUAGAAAAACAGCUGAAGGAGGCACUUCCUGAGUGCCAGUUCGAUAUGAAACCAUAAUUGUAAUACACGAAAGACAAAAUAAACCGCUAGUCAU